CGUCGCUCGUCUAGUCACAAUGGCAGCAAACAUGGCGGCGCCCACCUUAUUUAUAGUCCGCUAUCUUCUCUAAUGUCGUCGAUGCAGCUUGCUCUAAUUAUUCGAAUUUACCUGUCGACUUUCGCCUAAACGACAAAUGGGACUCGAGCAAAGCAGUCACUCGAGUGGUGGCUCCUUGAAAGUCGGGAAGGGUCGCCAUGCCAAGGCGUCCUCGCCACGCCCCUCGAUUAGCUCCGACUCCGACGUCCCCUACGUCUCGUCGACGGUGAACAACCCAAUUGGAGACUCUCCUAAACUGAGCAGCAAGAGUCCGGCGCAUCUCUUGCGAAAUUCUCCGCGGCCUUCUCCCAAACCGCGCCCUCACUCAUAUGCGGGCACUUCAGGUCACAGCAUCGUGGUCGUCAAGGAAGGAAGCGUGGAUGCACAGACUGUGGAGAAUGACGAGGACCUCAUCAAGCUGCAGUCCAUACCUCAGUUUUGGCCCAUCCUCAAGGGAAGCCUUCACAGUCCAAUCAUAUGUGACAGUGACGUAGGAGAGAGGCUGGACCAUCGCGCUGUGAACCGACUGGCUUCCCGGUACCAGGAGCACCUGAGGCAGUGUGCCGAAUUGGUCAGCACCGAGCAGAAUGCACUGGCGGCAAGAAUUCGAGAGAUCGACUAUGCGGUGUCCACGCUCAGCACGAUGAUGACCGAGCGGCAAAAGAAGUUUGGCAAGUACGUGGAGCAGCUACUCAAGGUGCACGAACUCUCAAACCUUCUGCAGACGACGGAGAGUUCGUUGGCAAAAACAAUCGAGCAGCUCGAUCAACUCAACCGACUGCUGCCUCCCGAUGAACAGCUGGAACCGUUCGUCAUGGUGACCGGCUGAGUGUUAGUGUUGCGGAACAUUUGCGAUGCUUCCAGUGUAAAAGUGUGCCAGGCAGUGUGACGCUGUAUAGUUUUGAUGAGUGGUUCAGUGAAGUACUUACGGUAGUGUACUAAAUGGUAAAUAAAAUUUUAUUUAACUGCG